GAACUUCUUUGUAUAUAGGAAUAGACAAUAAGACGCGAAAAUGUCGGAGGAUUUACUGCGCGACGCAAAAGAACAAUUUGAAAAAUAUUUUAAAUGUAAACCAACAAUAGCUGUUUUUGCUCCGGGAAGAGUUAACCUAAUAGGCGAACAUACCGACUAUAACGAUGGCUUUGUUUUACCCAUGGCUUUGGAUUUGGUGACAGUGGUUGUUGGUAAACCUGUUGAUGGUGAGCAAUGUCAAAUUGUUACUGCAGCUAGUGGUGUUGAUGAACCAACACUGGUUACAUUCACUAACCAUUCUGAUACCACACCAUUGACUCCUGGCAAACCAUCGUGGGCAAACUAUGUGAAAGGUGUGAUUGCAAACUUUGGUUAUAAUGUUUCUGCAUUCAAUGCAAGCAUUGCAUCAUCCGUACCCUUGGGAGGUGGUUUGUCAAGUUCGGCAUCUCUAGAAGUUGCAACAUGUACAUUCCUCGAGGAGCUUUGUCCUAAGAGCAAGGAACGUACCAUGAUCGAGAAGGCCAAAUUAUGUCAGAAAGCUGAACAUGAGUUUGCAAACAUGCCAUGUGGUAUUAUGGAUCAAUGCAUCUCAGUGAUGGGACAGGAAGGACACGCUCUUUUGUUGGAUUGCAGAUCAAUAGAAACUCAGUCAGUUCCACUGAAUGAUCCAAAUAUAGCAGUUGUUGUUAUAAACACAAAUGUCAAACACAAUCUGUCUGAGAGUGAAUACCCAAAGAGAAGAAAUCAAUGUGAGAAUGCAGCAAGUAUUCUUGGUGUGAAGAGUCUUCGUGAUGCCACAAUAUCCCAGUUAGAAGGUAAUAAAGUCAAAAUGGAUGAAGUUAUUUUUAGAAGAGGUCGACAUGUCAUUACAGAGAUCAAGCGAACCCAAGAUGCUGUACAGGCAUUAAAGAAGAACGAUUAUGGUAUGUUUGGUGAAUUGAUGGUAGAAAGUCACAAAUCACUAAGGGAUGAUUUUGAAGUCAGUUGUGAGGAAUUAGACCAGCUCGUACAACUGGCCUUGGAGGUUGAUGGUGUGUAUGGUACAAGAAUGACUGGAGGUGGUUGGGGAUGCACUGUGACAUUAGUGAAGAAAAGCUCAGUAGAAAAAUUAACCAAUCAUAUUAAGAAUGGUUAUUCCAGGGCAACAAUUUAUGUCACCUCUGCAUCAGGUGGUGCUGCAUCUCUAAAAGUUUAAAGAAUGACUAUUGAACUGAAUGAUCACUAUAGAUAAAAUAUUUUGUUGAGUCUACAGAGAAUUGUUGGAUUGAAUUUCUUUGUUGAUUUCAUCCAACUGAUAAUUACAAUAAAUGUUUCAUUUUUA